GGUGCCGUCGCUUUCCCCCCUGCCCUCGCCGCCGCCUAUGCUGCGUUGGGGGUGUUGCCGUUGGGCAAGACGCAGAGCCCCGAGUCGCUGCUGGACAUCGCGGCUCGGCGGGUGGCGGAGAAGUGGCCCUUCCAGCGGGUGGAGGAGAGGUUCGAGCGCAUCCCGGAGCCGGUGCAGCGUCGUAUCGUCUACUGGUCCUUUCCCCGGAGCGAAAGGGAGAUCUCUAAAUUCGCUGCAGUUGCUCGCUGUUUAGGAAAAAGCUGCGGAGGAAGGCCAGGUUUCCACCUAAGCGGCACAGUGACCGAGCCUGCAACACAAUUGGAGCCAGAAACUGUUUGCAAUGUAGCUAUCAGCUUUGAUCGGUGCAAGAUUACCUCAGUGACCUGUAGCUGUGGAAACAAAGACAUAUUUUAUUGUGCCCAUGUCGUGGCACUUUCUUUAUACCGGAUCCGCAAGCCAGAUCAGGUCAAACUGCAUCUUCCCAUUUCAGAGACUCUCUUUCAAAUGAACAGAGACCAACUACAAAAGUUUGUACAGUAUUUGAUCACAGUGCACCAUACAGAAGUUUUGCCAACUGCUCAGAAAUUAGCAGAUGAAAUCCUUUCUCAGAAUUCAGAGAUCAAUCAAGUUCACGGAGCUCCUGAUCCAACAGCUGGUGCUAGCAUAGAUGAUGAAAAUUGCUGGCAUCUAGAUGAAGAACAAGUCCAGGAACAGGUUAAACUUUUUCUCUCCCAGGGUGGAUACCAUGGUUCAGGGAAGCAGCUCAACUUGCUUUUUGCAAAGGUGCGAGAGAUGUUAAAGAUGAGAGAUUCCAACGGUGCUCGAAUGCUGACUUUGAUAACAGAGCAGUUCAUGGCUGACCCUCGGCUGUCUCUUUGGAGACAACAAGGAACUGCAAUGACAGAUAAAUAUAGGCAGCUCUGGGAUGAACUAGGUGCUCUUUGGAUGUGUAUAGUCUUAAAUCCCCAUUGCAAAGCAGAACAAAAGGCCAGUUGGCUGAAACAACUGAAGAAAUGGAACAGUGUUGAUGUUUGCCCCUGGGAAGAUGGGAACCAUGGAAAUGACCUGCCCAGUCUAACCAAUGCUUUGCCUCAGGGUGCAAAUGCAAUCCAAGAUUCAUCAAAUAGGUCUCACCGGACGGUGUUCACUCGAGCCAUUGAGGCAUGCGAUCUCCACUGGCAGGACAGCCACUUACAGCAUAUUAUCAGCAGUGACCUAUAUACCAACUACUGUUACCAUGAUGAUGCUGAAAAUUCGCUGUUUGACUCUCACGGGUGGCCCCUCUGGCAUGAACAUGUACCUACAGCUUGUGCAAGGGUGGAUGCACUAAGAUCUCAUGGCUACCCACGAGAAGCGCUGCGGCUAGCAAUAGCUAUUGUCAAUACUCUAAGGAGGCAGCAACAGAAGCAGCAGGAAAUGUUCCGGUUCCAGAAGAAAGAACUUCUCCACAAAGGAGUCACUUCUAUAACUAACUUGGAAGGCUGGGUUGGCCACCCACUGGAUCCAAUUGGUACCCUUUUUAGUAGCCUUAUGGAAGCCUGUAGGGUAGAUGAUGAGAGCUUCCACGUGUUCUCUGACCUCUCAGAGAACAUGGGCCAGUGCAAAUCUCUGGAGUACUAUCACCUGCCAGCUCACAAGUUCUUCGAAGAAGGGGAAUCUUACUUAACUCUAGCUGUGGAAGUGGCAUUGAUAGGACUGGGGCAGCAACGGAUAAUGCCCGAUGGCUUGUACGCACAGGAGAAAGUCUGUCGGAAUGAGGAACAGCUAAUUUCCAAGCUUCAGGAAAUAGAACUGGAUGACACACUGGUGAAGAUUUUCCAAAAACAAGCAGUCUUCCUAUUAGAAGCUGGGCCCUAUAGCGGUCUAGGUGAAAUAAUCCAUCGAGAGAGUGUUCCAAUGCACACAUUUGCCAAGUAUCUUUUCACCUCUCUCCUACCUCAUGAUGCUGAACUAGCAUACAAAACUGCACUGAGAGCUAUGCGGUUACUGGUAUUGGAAUCUACAGCUCCAUCAGGAGAUAUUCGUCCACAUCAUAUUGCAUCAGUUGUUCCAAAUCGGUAUCCCCGUUGGUUCACUCUAAGUCACAUUGAAUCUCAGCAGUGUGAAUUAGCAUCAACUAUGCUAACUGCAGCCAAAGGUGAUGUUCGAAGGCUUGAAACAGUGUUAGAAUCUAUCCAGAAGAACAUUCACUCCUCAUCGCACAUCUUCAAGCUUGCCCAAGAUGCAUUUAAAAUAGCUACACUUAUGGAUACUCUGCCAGAUAUCACUCUUUUGAAAGUCUCUCUGGAGCUGGGUCUUCAGGUGAUGCGCAUGACUUUAUCAACACUGAAUUGGCGGCGACGGGAAAUGGUGAGGUGGUUGGUAACAUGUGCAACAGAAGUAGGUGUUUAUGCACUGGAUAGCAUCAUGCACAGCUGGUUUACACUUUUCACUCCAACGGAAGCCACUAGUAUUGUUGCCACCACGGUGAUGUCCAACAGCACUAUCGUCCGCUUGCACCUGGACUGCCAUCAGCAGGAGAAGCUGGCCAGCAGUGCUAGGACGCUUGCUCUUCAGUGUGCCAUGAAGGAUCCUCAAAACUGUGCCCUCUCUGCACUUACCUUAUGUGAAAAGGAUCAUAUAGCUUUUGAGACUGCUUACCAAAUUGUUCUCGAUGCUGCUGCAACCGGCAUGAGUUACACGCAGCUUUUCACGAUAGCACGAUACAUGGAACAUCGUGGUUACCCUAUGCGGGCCUACAAACUGGCAACCUUGGCCAUGACACAUCUCAACCUGAGUUACAAUCAGGACACGCACCCUGCCAUUAAUGAUGUUUUAUGGGCAUGCGCACUUAGUCACUCCCUUGGCAAAAAUGAACUAGCGGCUAUAAUACCUCUGGUGGUCAAAAGUGUCAAAUGUGCAACAGUACUGUCGGACAUCUUACGCAGAUGUACUUUGACCACUCCUGGAAUGGUGGGACUGCAUGGAAGGAGGAACUCGGGGAAGCUCAUGUCGUUGGACAAAGCCCCGCUAAGGCAACUGCUGGAUGCCACAAUUGGAGCAUAUAUUAAUACCACGCACUCGCGACUCACGCACAUCAGUCCAAGACAUUACAGCGAGUUUAUAGAGUUUCUGAGUAAGGCCCGGGAGACUUUCUUAAUGGCUCACGAUGGACACAUUCAGUUUACACAGUUCAUUGACAACCUAAAACAAAUCUACAAAGGCAAAAAGAAACUGAUGAUGUUGGUUCGCGAACGGUUUGGUUGACACAAAUAUGUGUGAAUGGGGUGGGGGUGGGGAGGAAGAGUGGGAGGGUGAUAUGUUUUUACUUGAGCCUGCCUUUCUAUCCUUUUUAACUUAAACAGAGCCACGCCGGUAUUAUAUGUGUAUAGUUAUAUACUGAGUUUGCAAGACUAAAAUGUCACGUUGUGAAAGUUUGUGUGUGCGGGGUUUUUUUCUCUUCCCUUUCCUUUUCUGUUAUGUAUGAGAGAUUGAGAGGCUUUAAAAAAAUGAUUGGUUUACACUGAGUAUAUGUUGUCAGGUGGCAAAAGUCCACACAGCUCUCCUCUUCUUUCUGUAUAUGUUCACAGCCUCAAGAAAAAAAAAUGAAAAGAAAAAAAGAGAAAUAUAUUGCAAUGGCUUUAAAAAAAAACCAAACAAAAACACCUCCAUCCUCUGAUUAAGUACCUCGAAUGGCUCCAGCUUUACUCUUUUGUAACUCAUCCCGACAUUUCAGCUUAUUUAAAUGAACCAACCACACCAAGAAGAAAUAGUUUCAAAGGCUGACCCAUGUGGCUUUGCAGUGCUUGUUCAUCCAGAAGCAUGGCACACGAUGCUUGUGCAUGUGGAAACUUAGCGACUGUCAACAUACAUUCUCAGGGAUUUAUCUGAAAAAAAAAAUAACGAAUGAGAGCAUUUAUUGUACUGUAUAUAUAUAUUAUAGUCUAUGUCGGAAUAUUGAGAAAAAUAUAACAUUAGCUAAUUUAUAAAAAAAAAUCUAUAAUGCGAAAUACUUGAAGCUGCAGUAGCUUGGUUUGAAACAAACAAACGAAAAGAAAACAUACUGAAAAGACGCAAGUGCUCCUAGCUUCAGGGCUGGCUCAGGUGAUGAACUUAAUAUGCUGGGCAUCUAUGCAGAGCCACCUUUUUUGGAUUGCGUUAUUGGAUGGACAUAUGGGGAAAAUUAUACAUAUAUAUAUAUAUUUAUACGAAUGAGUGUAUGCAUAUAUAUAUAUAUAUAUAUGUAUACACACUCAUGCGCUUGAAACAGGCACUCUAGUAAAGAGGGGACAACACAGCCAGAGCAGCAAGCCUUAGCAUUAAGAAUACAAUAUGCCAGAUUUGGGGUUUGUGCCUCCUAGCCUAGAAAACUUAAAAUAUCCUCUCUCUUUUUUUCCCCACACACACACUCACAGGGUGGCUACAGAUAAUAAUGUACCACAUUGUCACCACUUGUAACUGCGUUGGGAUGCAUUCAAACUAUAUUGCAUCCUGAUCGCCUGUCACUCCCGGCCAUUUGAGGAGGUGAAUUUUUUUCCCUUGCUUUAUUUUGUUUUGUUGUAACCACUGGUCUAGCAGCAACCAAAUUGCAGAAACAGCAAUUUGGUAGAAAACACCUUGCCGUGCGGCCGGUCACUGCAAGCAACCUGUUUGCUCUGCUGUUCGUGUGCAUUGCACUUAGCUCACAAGUGGUGACCAUGGGGUAGUUGCUGUUCUGUCUGUACCUGCAAUGUUUUCCAAAACAAUUGACAUAAAUGCAUUAUGCCUUUGCAGUGAGCUAAUAAUAAGCUAACCUCUGUGCACAAAUAACAUAUAUAUAUAUAUAUAUUAUAUAUAUAAAUAUAUUCUGCAUAGGUAUUUAUUUUUGUGCAGGACAGAAAGUUGUGUAGGUAUGACUGUUCUACUUCUCAGUUUGUUUGUUUUUAAAAUAUUUUUAUUUCCUUUAGAAUGACUUCAAAAGAAAGCAGCCUUCUAUCUUGCCUUGUCUUAAUGCUUUAAAAUAACCAAACUGGAGAUCUAACUACCAAACUGUUCAUUAUUAUUAUUAUUGUUGUUAUAAUUAUUAUUACCAACUUUGGUUACAGUGUAGUGUCUUUUACUUUAGCUGAUGGUUCUGUACCCUUGUGCUUUUUAAAGCUUUUUUUUAACAUUUUGGUGCAAAAGUCGUCCUGUGUCUCUUGUUCCUUUUGUUAGAAAACAUGCUAGAGGUAUGUUUGUAGACUUCUUUUUAUUUGUUUAGAGGAAAAAAACUUGUUCCAUGCUCUCCAUUUUAUUUAUUAUACUAGGGAAAAAGGUUGUACUUCAUCACUCAUGUAAACAUGCUCAUGAAGUUGAAAGUAAUUAAGAUUUGAUACACUGAUAUCAAUUUAUUUAUGUAACUAAAUCACUGUUUUAUAAACUUGUUAAUGAUCAACAAUUUUUUUUGUUUCAAUUAAAAUUAGUUUUUUGAAAGUUGA